UUUACGCGCGUGUAACCUUGUCUUCCUACUCAGUAGUGUUUUUAAAUCAGGCGUGGAUACAUUAGUUCGUUUUUGAUUGUUUUUUUAUUCCGAAGUUAUGAGCAGAUAUAUUUUACCCGUGUCUGUCUUUGGAACAGUGUUUGGAUGCGCUGUUUUACUGAAAGACCGUAUGACUGGAGGCCGGUGUCCUAGUAAGGCUACCAUUAAUGAAAAGACUGUGGUUAUAACAGGAGCUAACACAGGCAUUGGAAAAGAGACUGCCCGAGAACUGGCCAGAAGAGGUGGUCGGAUUAUUAUGGGAUGUCGCGAUAUGGACAAGUGCGAAGCAGCUGCAAAGGAAAUUCGGGGGAAAACCCUGAAUCCUCACGUUUAUGCACGUCGCCUCGACCUGGCCUCCAUGAAGUCAAUCCGAGAGUUUGCAGAGAGGAUCAAACAAGAGGAGCCGCAUGUGGACAUACUGAUAAACAAUGCCGGGGUCAUGAGGUGUCCACAGUGGAAGACAGAGGACGGCUUUGACAUGCAGUUUGGAGUGAAUCACUUAGGCCACUUCUUACUGACGAAUCUUCUGCUGGAUAAGUUGAAAGAGUCCGCCCCCAGCAGAGUGAUCAACCUGGCCUCUCUCGCCCACAUUGUUGGAAAGCUUGACUUUGAGGACUUGAACUGGGAGAAAAAGAAGUUUGAUACCAAGCAGGCGUACUGUCAGAGCAAGCUUGCCAAUGUUCUGUUCACCAGAGAGCUCGCCAAGCGAUUACAAGGCACAGGAGUCACAGUGAAUGCGGUGCACCCAGGAGUUGUUGCCACGGAGCUCGGGAGGCACACUGGCCUUCACCAAUCACAGUUCUCGAGCUCUCUGCUCAGUCCCUUUUUCUCAUUGUUGGUGAAAAGCCCAGAGCACGGGGCCCAGCCCAGCGUCUACCUGGCUGUGUCUGACGAGCUGGAGGGGGUGACGGGGCGGUACUAUGAUGUUAUGACCGAAAAGGAACCAGCGCCCCAGGCCCUGGACGAUGAGGCAGCUUGUAGGCUGUGGGAGGUCAGCAGCAGGCUGGUGGGUCUGGAGCACGAAGGACAGCCCAGCGUGUCAAACCAAUCAGCGGAAGGCCAGAACAAAGCUGCACAGACAAACCCAGCGCAGACACUCGGGCAGAAUGUAGGACCAGCUGUCAGCACUGUAGGCCUAUAGGUCCUCUGAGCCAGCAGGAAAUAAUGGACCUUUAUCACUUGAGCUGUGCCAGACACAGGAACAAUUCUCUGUCUCAGACUUUGAGUCUGAGUGUCUCUAUAAUGGCAGUCUUUUGUAUGGUCAUUUAUGUUCCUGCCUCAGGAUGUUCUCUCUUUUAAAGAGAAUCUGUAACUUUGAAACAUACUUACGGAUUCAAAGUUACAUCCAGUUUGUAUUUCUGACUUUUCUCUGCUUGUUCUAGUGAUAAAAUGCAAGAAGUGCUACCAUGUCAUUAUGAGCAAAAAAGUGAAAGAGAGUUUUCAACAUACUCCUAAAAACCUACCAUAAAACAUUAAUGUUGUUGUUGUUUUUGAAUGUCAAAAUCACACCAACUUCCUGCUUUUUGUGGAGUUGAAACCUUGCACAUUAAAAUACACACCAGCAGAGGCUGUGUAUGGUAUGCUUUCUUUCACAAAGAGAGCACAAAAUCAAAUCUCCUUUGGUUGAAUCAUGUCUGUAAUUGGAGAAGAAAGCAUUGUUAUGCAGUCUUACUGGAGGACUGGAGCUUUGAAACUGUUUUUGAAUGAAUUCCGUCAUAAAAAGUUGAAAUAAAGCGCCAUCUACCUGCUUAACAUUAAAAUACAUGUACUGAAAACCACAUGA